CUUUCUCAGAACUAAAGGAAAGGCUUUUGGAUCAAUUUGAUGGGGAUAUGGUUCUCAAGUACCAAUUGAUCCCUGAGGAUCUAGACACCUUAGUCUCAGUGAAAACUGAUGAAGAUCUAAAGCACAUGCUUCAUGAAUAUAACCGUCAAGAGAACCAAGGCUCCCCAAAGCUUCGCGCCUUCUUGUUUCCGUCGAAGCCGCCAUCCAUUGCUCACGAGAAUCAAGCUGCCUAUGUGGAGCCCCUACACCAUUCGCUCGAGCAACGGUAUGUUGACGCCGUCAAUGGUGUAGUUCGGGCUACUCGGAGGGCUAAAAUCACUCCCAUUGUUACACACACUCCCAUCUUUAGCAUCUCCUCUGCCUGCUCCUCACCAAGCUCCAAUUCUCCGGAGCUCCAUCCCGUCGAAUCUGCAGCCCAUGAGACGUUGCCGCCUUGUUACCUAGGCAGCAGUAGUGUUAGUAGCGCAGGGCUUAACAUGCAUCGAGUGCAAAGCUCUCCUAGCAUUUACCGUCCUCAAAGUCCUCAAAGUCACCGGAUUCAGCAACAUCAUUACCCUCUACACCACCACCACCACCACCAUGCUUAUCAGUCUUCUAGACCCCUCCUGGAUCUUCAAAUGCCCCCCGGGAAUGAACGGACGGCUUCUCCGCCGUUGUCGACGUUGGGUAGGACCGAGUUAAGAAGGGGUUUAUCCGGUCGUGGCCUUGAUCACUACUACACAAGUUUUAGGCACCAUAAAGGGUGUGGAGGGUUUGAUGAUUUUCCUGUCCAUGGUUCUUGUCAUAGGAUUGAUAGAUCAGAGAGUCUUCCUCGUAGUCCCAGAAAGAAAUUGUGGGAGUGAUGUAACAGAAAGACUGUAAAUGAAGAGAGCUGACUUGUACAGAUGAUUCUUCAUUUUCUUUUCUCCUCUCCACUCCACUUCUCAUAGGGUAAAACUGUACAUGGUGUACAUGGCUAGCAGUUAGUAUAAUGGUGGUGUUAUGUGACAUUAUUAUUAGGUUGUUGUGUAAUUGUGUCUGAGCAUAAGUUUCCUGUAUAUUGAGAGUUUUCUGGGGGAGGAAAAGAGAGUUGUCUGCUUUUACUUGUUAAGAAUUGGUCUCUAUUAUUGUUCACCACAUAACUAACGAUGGUGGUUAAAGUAAAUUCUAGCGUUG